AUGGACCCGGGGACUUUCGCACGCGCCGAGGAGCUGGAUGAAAGCACCAAGACCAUGGAGGGGCUCAUGGGGGCGGGCAGUUUUGCUGCAAGCCAGUGCAGGAAUCUGGUGGCUCACUCUGCCUUAGGAGGGCCCCCUCCUCCUGCCUUGAUGCAGGGCUCUACCUACUCCAACCUGGAUGCUCCCAAUGCAGGCCCCGGGGAUCCCUCCAAGCAAUGCAUUCCGUGCCCUGCUAUCCCCCAGAGUUCCUCCACCACCCCGCCUUUACCUUAUGGAUAUUUCGGCGGCUCUUAUUAUUCUUGUCGGGUUGCCAGGAGCUCGCUCAAACCUUGCCCCCAGUCCAGCUACUCUGCAGAGAAAUAUAUGGACACCCCAGCGGCGGCUGAUGACUACCAGACCCGACCGACAGAGCUGGCUUUCUACCCUGGCUACGCAGGCCCUUACCAGCCCAGGGCUAGCUACCUGGACGUUUCUGUAGUUCAGACCAUAGGUGGGCCGGGAGAGCCCAGGCACGAGACACUUUUACCCGUGGACAGUUACCACCAGCCGUGGGCUUUAACCAGCGGUUGGAACAGCCAGAUGUGUUGCCCCAAAGAUCAAAGCCAGGCUGGGCACUUCUGGAAAUCUGCCUUUGCAGAUGUGGGCCAGUCCCCGCCGGACGCCUGUUCCUUCCGCCGGGGUCGCAAGAAGAGGAUUCCCUACAGCAAGGGGCAGCUGAAGGAGCUGGAGAAGGAAUACGCCAGCAGCAAAUUCAUCACCAAGGACAAGAGGAGGAAGAUCGCCGCCGCCACCAACCUGACGGAGAGACAGAUCACCAUCUGGUUUCAGAACAGGCGGGUGAAAGAGAAGAAAGUGGUGGCCAAAGUCAAAACGAGCAGUAGCCCGUGA